AUGUCCCUCCGCGUGAGUGAGGAGGAACUGCUCAAGGCGUACCAGCUGAGUACGCUACACCCCCAGCAGUGGGAGCAGACCGCGUCGGGUGCGGCGUACGGCGGGGUCGAUGUGCCGGGCACCGAAGAGUGGUCCGACCCGCUCGGCCUGCGUGCGGCGCUCCCGGCGUCGCGCGUGACCGACGCGCAGCAGCGCCAGCAGGUGUGGAUCGGCAGCAAGUCGUUCGAUGCCAAGACGUUUCUGAACACAAUGCACCCGAAUGCGUCGUUUGCCGACCUCUCGCGGGGUGCACAGGCGCUCAAGGGGAGCAUCGGGCAGCGCUCGGAAGCGCUCAAGGUGUUGGUCGACGAAAACUUUGACCGCUUUGUGAGCGUCAAGGCGACGACCGACGGCGUGUACCGCGAGAUGGCCAACGCGACCGGCGGGCCGCUCGCGCCGGGCGCCGACCACGGCGUGGGGCCGCUGCACGCGUCGCUCCAGGGCGCAGGCGCCAAGGCCGACCAGGUCUUUCGCCCAGUGCUCGAGAACUACGUCAAGGCGAUGAAGCUGCGCAACACGCUCGGCGUGUUCCAGCGCUCGCACUUCUUCUUCAAUCUCCCGGGCUCGCUCAACGAGAGCGUGCGUGCAGGGCACUACGAGGCCGCGCUGCGCGACUACAAAAAGGGCAAAUACCUGCUCGAAAGCCGCCCGGGGCAGCUGCUCCCGGUGCAGGACGCGGCGUCGGGGAGCACGCCGAGCGACGCACAGCUCGCGCAGCAGCGCCGCAUCUUUGCCAAGGUGUGGGAUGCAGUGGAAGAUACCAUGUACGAUAUGCAGACGCGCCUCCUCGCGCACCUCCGUGAGCCGCAGCACAGCGUCGAGGAGCAGGAGAAAUGCAUCGAGGUGCUGCUCGAGCUCGAUCCGGCGACCGACCCGGUCGCCGUGUUCCUCGAGUCGCAGCACCAGCACAUUCAGAGCCUGCUGCGCUCCGCAUUCGAGCGCGAGCAGGGCGCGAUCCAGGCGGCACGCUUCACCGCCCAGGGCGUGCGCCACACGACUAUGGACCAGGCCAAGGACCUGAGCCGCUGCCUGAUGCUGGUGCGCACCGUGUACGGCACGAAGCCGUCCUUCUCCCAGGCGCUCAAUGCGCCGGUCUGGGAGGCGAUCGACGAAAUGGUCGCCAAGCUCUGCCGCACGGUCCUGCAGACCGUGCCGACCUUUUGGCGCGUGGCGCGCGACCACGCCGACGGGCGCUUUGGCAAGGAGAAAGGCGCGUCGUUCUCCGACUCGUCGAUCCACAAGCAGUCCAAGACGUGGGCGGCAGAAAGCAUGCAGCAGUUCUCUGCGCGCCUCUAUACCUUUUUCGAGCUCGAGCCGUUUGCGGCACGCGCCAAGCAGCCGCUGUUUACCGCGCUGCCGGCGUGGGUCCCGGAUCCGAGCUGCUCGCUGAGCACGACGCACUACAUGAGCAGCAUCCUCGGCACGCUCACCGAGGCGCUUGCCGAGUUCAAGACGCUCGCGAUUCCGGGCGUCGCACAGCAGCUCGAGGCGCUCGUGCUCGACCUGCGCUUCCAGUUCACCGAGGUACUGUGCUUUUUGUGGCUGCGCGACGCGCAGCUCUGCUACCACAUGGAAAACUGGAUGCCGAAUACGCAGCAGCCGGCGAUCACUUCGUACCUCUUUUCGCUCAGCGUAUUCAAUCGCUGGAACGCGCGCGAGGGGUUCUACAUUGCCGACGGCCGCUCCAAGCUGCAACACCCGGGCACCGCCAAGGAGAACGAGGCGCAUGCCGCGUUCAGCGAUCGCCUGAAAAAGACGUUUGUCCACGCGCUGUACGCAUUCCUCGACGGGAUCGUUACCGCGGCCCAGGCGCCGAGCGAGGGCGCGGCGCUCGAGCCGCGCGCGGCCGACGCGCCGCUCGCCAUGGCACUCGAUCGCGACACGCGCAUUCUCCUCAGCGUCUCGAACCUGUCCCACCUGCGCUCGCACAUCAUCGGCGCGUGGGUCACGCAGUUCGAAGAGGCCUAUCACGUCUCGCUCGCAGAAGAACAGCAGCAACUGGUCAAUGUCUGCGCACAGCUCGACCGCGACCUUCUGCACGACUUUGUGCGCCGCAAAGGCGAGUCCAUCAGCGCCGUGAUCCACAAAGGUAUCCUCGAGGACGGCGUCGACUGGGCGAACCAGCCAAAGCCGACGUCGGUCAACGCGUUUAUCUACCAGGCGCUCUUGCUCCUGGUCGAGGUCCACGCGCAAAUCCGCGCGACCGUUCCGCCGCUCGUCUCGCGUGUCAUCUCUGCGCUGGUCGAGAUCAUGGCCGAUGCGACGCUCAAUGCGUACAGCCGCGUGCCCGCGUUUAACAAGGGCGGCAUGCUCCAGGCGACCCUCGAGAUCGAGUUUGUGCACCAGACCAUGUCCUUCCACGUGUCGCCUACGGCGGAGAAGUCGCUGAAGCGCGUCUACGAGACCAUCAGCCAGCGCUACUCGAGCACGCUCGGCGGUCGCGAGGAGCAAAGCGAGCUUUUGCAAAAGGAGCUCGAGGGCGUAAAGCACACGCUCAUUGCGAGCCGCAAAGCGACUGCGCUCGAGUUCCUGUGCUUCCGCCGGCCCAAGUCGGACGAGAAGAGCAAGUCGAAGAAAAAGUAG